GGAUCUAUUCCGGGCAAAGCUCGCAGCGUCCGGUGGGAUGGGGAUCGGAUGUAGGAAACAUGUCAUACGGUUAUAAGUGUCUUGUCAAUCCUAUUCACUUCAAGAUGUUGUCUAUCAACCUCCAAGUCUCACGGGUCGACAGGUCACUCUCUUUUUCAUCUAAGCUUUCCUACACUCUCUUUUCAAAAUGCGUGUCAAUUACGCCGUUUCCACGUUCAUUACCAUAUUGGGCUUGACCCAUGCCGCCCCGGCCGACGAGGAGGCACGAUUCCACGCCGAGCACAAGCGCCAGCUCGGUACCAGCGCAGGUAGUCUUGGAAAGGAUGCGACUUUCGACUAUGUCAUCGUUGGCGGUGGCACUGCCGGCCUUGUGAUGGCCAACAGACUGAGCGCCAACCCUGAUGUUACAGUAGCUGUGAUUGAGGCUGGCACGUUCUACGAGGUCACCAACCUUCUCAUCGGCCAGACACCUGCUGGAGACACUCUUUUCGCUGGCGCUAGUCCUCUCGACACCAACCCUCUCGUGGACUGGAACUUCAUCACGCAGCCGCAAAGCGGUGCCAACAACCGCAAGAUUCACUACGCUCGCGGCAAGUGUCUCGGUGGAAGUUCCGCUCGCAACUUCAUGAUCUACCAGCGGGGUACCAAGCAGUCCUAUCAGAAAUGGGCAGAUGCCAUCGGCGAUGAUAGUUACACCUGGGACUCCCUUCUUCCUUACUUCAAGAAGAGUGUCAAGUUUACCCCGCCCGGACCUACUCGCUUCACCAACGCCAGCGCAGAGUACAACCUUGACGCCUUCGAUGCUGCUGGAGGCCCUCUUGACGUCUCCUACGCCAACUACGCCCAGCCUUUCAGCACGUACCUCGAGCCCUCACUCAACGAGAUCGGCAUUCCCCAGGCCCAGGACUUCAACAGCGGUGAGCUUAUGGGUGCUCAGUACUGCUCCGACACCAUCCAGCCUAGCAACCAGCAGCGUGAGUCCAGUCAGACCUCGUUCCUCAACGCAGCCAUCGGCCGCAAGAACCUCAAGGUCUACCAGCUCUCUCUGGCCAAGAAAAUUCUCUUCGACAGCAACAAGAAGGCGAC